UUGAACCAAAUAGGUUUGCACUUUGUAAUAAUAAUAGGCUACUUACAAAGCCCAUUUUGGCUCUCAAAUCGUGCAUAAGAAAUGCCUGAUUUAUACAACUCAAUUUAUUGAUACCUUCUAUUUCACCCUACAGCCGCAUUUUGCCUAUGUGGGCUAGUUCAUGAUGUUAAAGUACCGGAUCCGUAUGUUUUUCAAUGAACUGAAAGUGCUGGUUUUGAUGCGGUCUGGCUUAAGACGGGGGACCGAUUCUGACACAAACCCAGACAGACGAACAAGCAGCAUGCGAGGGCUCGGGGUAGGAGGCUGCGGGUGGCCACCAUUCGACUGCUCUACCCGGGACGACGAGGAAGAGUACUAUGGCACCAAUCCCCGGCCGCGGAGCCUGGCAUUCGAGGAAAAGAAUGCGAAGCUCCAAGCGAGCCUGGACACUGUAUCGCUCACUAGCAGCUUGGACAGUGGCAUGCGCUCGCCGCAGUGCCGAAUCUGCUUCCAGGGCCCCGAACAGGGGGAGUUGCUGAGCCCGUGUCGCUGUGACGGAUCUGUGCGCUGUACCCACCAGCCCUGCCUCAUCCGUUGGAUCAGCGAGAGAGGCUCCUGGAGCUGUGAGCUCUGCUACUUCAAGUACCAGGUCCUUGCCAUCAGCACCAAGAACCCACUGCAGUGGCAAGCCAUCUCUCUGACUGUGAUAGAGAAGGUGCAGAUAGCAGCCAUUAUGCUGGGUUCUCUGUUCCUCAUCGCCAGCAUCUCCUGGCUGGUGUGGUCGUCCUUCAGCCCCUUGGCCAAGUGGCAGCGCCAGGACCUGCUCUUCCAGAUCUGCUAUGGCAUGUACGGCUUCAUGGAUAUCGUUUGCAUAGGCCUUAUAAUCCAUGAGGGAUCGUCAGUAUACCGGAUCUUUAAGCGCUGGCAGGCAGUGAACCAGCAGUGGAAAGUACUGAACUAUGAGAAAGCCAAGGACCUGGGCGACCCCAUCAGCUCCAGCGGCAAGUGUGGGGGGCGUGGGGGUCGAAACCCUCCCCACGAAACCCUCCCCACGGCUGACAGGGUGGGCCGGACAGGCCAGCGUGUUAGGACUAUUCUCAACCACCACUGUGGCUACACCAUCCUGCACAUCCUCAGCCAGCUGAGGCCCAGCAACCCUCGCAUCAGACCCACAUCCAACCGCGAGGUGGUCAUGAGGGUCACCACCGUAUGAGACCGGACCCAGCGGGGGUGGCGACGACAAACAUAAGGGCGUGGAUGCAGACAUCCUGCUCCUGAUAAACCCACCCUACGGACACUAGAGGAGGGAGAGCAGCACAGUUAAAGUUACAGUCACAGACAGCAGGACAAUAUAAUUAAGAAAAAAUUAAGAAAGAAAAAAGAAAUAGCUCCAAUUUUAAAAAAGCUGGAGGACUUUCUUUCACCAGCUGAAUUACAUAAAGCAUUGCCAUUAUUCCUGUUCGUCUGUUUUCUAAGAAAAAAUUGCAAGUAUUAUUAUUGAUUUAGAUUUUAU